CCAUCAUUGGAGCCGGGGGUACUGGCAGGACUGCACGCUCUCUCAGUUGUUACAGUUAUUGCUUUUUUCCUCAGAACACACUCACUGCAGAUGACCCUUCUCCUGAAGACAGCUUCACCCUGAACCCCAAGGACAAAAGAGAAUACCCUGAUCUCCAGGCUGCCCACCGGCCAUUCCCUAAGCAGCGAUUUAGGCAGGAAAAUGGACAUACGUCCUUGCAAAGAGAUGGACCCAGAUCUUUCCUCCUGGAUCUCCCAAACUUCCCUGACCUGUCAACAGCAGAUAUCAAUGGGCAGAAUCCCAACAUUCAGGUUACCAUAGAAGUGGUCGAUGGCCCCGACACUGAGACAGAUAAGGAUCUGCAGAAAGAGAGCAGCAAGCCUAGCUGGCCAGUCCCAUCACCUGACUGGAGAAACUGGUGGCAGAGGUCCUCCACCUUGACUCGCAUGAGCAGCGGUGACCAGGACUACAAGUAUGACGGCACUACUGAGGACAGCAACUUCCUAAACCCUCUUGGUGGGUGGGAUAGUCAUGCACCCAGUCACCGGACAUUUGAGUCCAAGGAGCAGCCAGAGUACGAUUACAUUGACGGUGAGGGAGACUGGAGCCCAUGGUCUCUUUGUAGCGUCACCUGUGGGAGUGGCAAUCAGAAGCGGACACGGUCCUGCGGGUACGCCUGCACUGCCACUGAGUCACGGACCUGUGACAGGCCCAACUGCCCAGGGAUCGAAGAUACCUUCCGGACAGCUGCCACAGAAGUGAGCUUACUUGCAGGAAGUGAAGACUUCAAUGCUACCAAACUCUUUGAAGUUGAUACUGAUAGUUGUGAAAGAUGGAUGAGCUGCAAAAGCGAGUUCUUGAAGAAAUAUAUGCACAAAGUGGUCAAUGAUCUUCCCAGCUGCCCAUGCUCCUACCCCAGAGAAGUUGCAUACAGCACUGCUGAAAUCUAUGAUCGAAUUAAGAGGAAAAACUUCCGCUGGAAAGAUGCAAGUGGUCCAAAGGAAAAACUGGAGAUCUAUAAGCCCACUGCACGGUACUGCAUCCGCUCCAUGCUCUCUUUGGAAAGCACAACGCUUGCAGCACAGCACUGCUGCUAUGAUGAUAAUAUGCAGCUGAUCACCAGAGGGAAAGGGGCAGGUACACCAAACCUAAUCAGUACCGAAUUCUCAGCAGAACUCCAUUACAAAGUGGACAUUCUGCCUUGGAUUAUAUGCAAAGGUGACUGGAGUCGAUACAAUGAAGCACGGCCUCCAAACAAUGGGCAGAAGUGUACAGAAAACCCUUCAGAUGAAGACUACUAUAAGCAAUUUCAAGAAGCAAGGGAAUACUGAGAUUUUCCUCCUCUUGAGACAGAAAAUAUCAUUCAUUUCCUGGAUGUCUAAGAACUGAUAACGGCUGCUGCAUUGCCUCCUUGAUCAGGAGUUGAUCAGUUUCUUUCUAAUGAAUGUAUAUAGUUGUAAUAUAAUACAUAAGUAUUUUU